AUGUCGCUCUUUCGUUUUAAUCAUCCUUCUUCCCACCCCUCCCCACACCCUUCCUCAGGCCACGCUGCACCUACUGGGCGUGGAGCUGGAUGCGCGCCGCCCGUAUCCGUUUCAGAAGCCGCGCUGCACUCACUGGGCGUGGAGUUGGAUGCGCGCCGCCCGUAUCCGAUCCUGCAUGGGUGCUCGGGCGUGCUGCGACCGGGCCGCAUGACGCUGCUGCUGGGACCGCCAAGCGUCGGCAAGUCAACGCUCUUGCAGGCGCUCGCUGGAUGUCUCGAUAAGUCGCUCAAGGUAUCAGGCAGCGUGACCUAUAACGGGCAUGCUCUUAACGAGUUCGUACCAGAGUGCACAGCAGUGUACGUGCCGCAGAACGACGAGCACAUCGGCGAGAUGACCGUCCGGGAGACCCUCGACUUCUCCGCGCGCCUGCAGGGCCCGGGGCUCCGGAAACGGCCCGGGGCUGCGCAAAGGUGCGCAUGUGCGAAUGUUGGGAAGGGGAAGAAUGGUGGGCUGCUGGAUGGGUGGGUUGCGCUGGGGUUUGGCUAUCCCCAUAGCCUCCAUUCCCCCUCUCCGUCCACCCCCCCCUCUCCCCAACAUUCCCCCUUCUCUAUCCCGUUCACCCCCGCACCCCCGGGUGGUGCAGAACUAGUGGCGGAGCUGGAGAGGCGCGAGGCGGAGAAGGGCAUUGUGCCAGACCCUACUAUGGACCCCAUCAUGAAGGCGAUGGCACUGGAGGGCAAUCCCACAAACAUCAUCACAGACUAUGUGCUCAAGGUGAGGCUGAUGGGGGUGGUGGUGCUGAGGAUGGUGAUGAGGAUGGUGGUGAGCAUGGUGAUUCUAGGCCUGGACAUCUGUGCGGAUACAGUGGUGGGAAACAACAUGCUACGCGGCAUCUCAGGCGGGCAGAAGAAGCGGGUCACCACAGGCGUAUCCCUGGUGGGCGGGCAGCAGGUGCUGCUGAUGGACGAGAUCAGCACGGGGCUCGACUCCUCCACCACCUUCCUCAUCACGCGCUGCCUGCGCCACCCCACGCACCUCCACGCCACCACCACGCUCGUGGCUCUCCUGCAGCCCGCCCUCGAGACCUACCACCUCUUUGACGACGUGCUGUUUCUUGCAGAAGGGCACGUGGUGUUCCACGGGCCCAGGGAGGACGUACUUCCCUUCUUCUCCCGCCUCGGCUUGGAGUGCCCUGCCAGGAAAGGCGAGGCGGAUUUCCUGCAGGAGAUGACGUCGAUGAAGGACCAGGGGCAGUACUGGAGGGGGGGCGCGGUUGGGGCAGAUGGUGGGGCGGGCGGGAAAAGCCAGCCAUACCACUAUGUGCCGGUGCAGGCGUUUGAGGCGGCAUUCAAGGAGACGGAGAUCGGCAAGGCCACUGCUGCCCACCUCUCGGUGCGUACCCAUUGCUGA